AUGACCAACUUGGACGGCAACACGCCCGGAACAGAAAGUAGCUAUUUGUUUGGCCAUGACAUCCAUCGACGCAACUGUCACGUAAUAAAUAACACUUUUAAUGUGGAAAGAAUCUCGAAUUAGCCAAAGCUGUUCGAGCGACUUUAUUUAUUCACAUAUGGUUUAUACACUGAAUCGGAGCUGGUCACGGUUUCAGAACUGUGUUAAGACUGACUUGAACGGCUGGAGGAGCCUCUACUUAUACUGAACCUUAGCCCUGUUCGUUAUGGGUGGCCAUUGGUGAUUAAGAAGGUUUGAAUCUGGAGUUUUGGAGUGUCGCAAAGGUCUGGCUCUCAUCCGAUGACGGGCGAGGGUUUAUCUGAAUUUUUUUUUUUUUUUUUUUUUGGCGUCACACAACCAUCGUCAAAAGAUACUCAUCGUGGGGGAAACUGGUUCGUGUUAUUGCCUACUGUCGUCGAUGGAAGCAUCACAACCAGGGACCUCUAACAGUGAUUGGACUUCAACGCGCACGCAACUCCAUCAUCAAAAUUAUUCAGCGUUUGUUCUUUCAAGACGAAAGGUUCACGAA